CGACCAACCAAGGUAGCCGUCUGGCCCAUCCCGGCGCUUGUCAGGAAAUCGAGAUGGGGCGACACACGAUAUGGCCAAUCUCCUCCGCAUCAUUUUUUCAUAAAGUCUGCCAACGACAGGCCCGGUUUUUUGACGUUAUCUUUUUGUGCCUGGCUCAGCAAGGCCUGGAGCCCUGCCUUGCGGCUCUUUGCCCGCUUCUUGCUGCUCGAGUUUGCCGACGGCUGGGUCUUUUCCACCUCUGCAUUCCCAGUCGUCGGCUUUGACGACGAAGCUGCUGCUGACGCUGCUGCCACAUUUUGUCUCCUCCGCACGACGACGGGUGCAGGCGGAAGAGUGAUGGUGGUGUACCGAUGACACAUACCGCAGGUAUACUUCUUUGAAGAGCCCUGCCGCUCCUUGCUGCCUGCACCGAGCCCAGCUGGCAGAGGUGCUGGCGCAUUGGGGGUUUGCCGUUGACGGGACUUCCUCUUGGACCGUACCGCCGCCGCCGCCUCCACCUUUAGCGCGUCUCCGUGGCCGGGGACGAUUAUAUGGCCGCAGCUUGCGCACACGUGCUGCCUUUGCACGUCUGAGAGAGGAAUGUCGUGGCACAGAAGCAGCGCGUUGCGCCGGCUCAUCAAAUAGGCCGACGUCUCGGGGGCCGACUUGGCCAGCAGAUGCGCCGCGUCGGUCAGAAAGCUCAUCUGGCCGGCGAGGUGGUCAAGCUGCGCCAUGCUGGUGGCGGUUGUCCUUGAAAUAUGCGGCCGCGUCGAUGGCGUUGUGCAGUUCGAGGCUCUGCGAUCUGUUCAUGUCAUGUCGUUCUCAGUUCACGAAAUCUUCAGGCAUCAGCCCUGAAGCGAUGCGGCAAGCAAGUGUGGAGUAGGAUCGCUUGUAGGUGGGGCCUUCAGUGGCUGGGCCGCCUGGAGCUCGCUAAUAUUUGGCGUCGCCAAUUGACGACAUAUCAAACUUCACUCAAUCCGUUGGAAGCACAAAAGCACGCGCCAGUAGACAUUUCAUCUCCAUAUCAAUUAUCGCGCUGAUAUUAGACUGGAUUUGCCUUGCUCCCUGUUCUCCCUUGAGCCCUCCUACGAUCGCUGGAUAUCCCACUUGAGAUCCUUGAUGCUGACCUCGUCGCCGGCCUUCUCGUCGUACUCGAACCACUCGCCUUCCGUUAGAUCAAUCUCGGUGAACUUGGUUCCAGACUCGGCUCCUUCAGCCAUCCAGUCACCCUAGUCCGCCAAGCACAUACUGUCAGCGGCUUCGACGAUUGGAUCCUGGUCAAGUCAUAUAAACACACCUCGGGCUGGAACUCGGUAAACUCCAGGCCACGACAGUCGAACUCGAGAAUCUUGCGUGCCUUGGCUGGCUCCGAAGCCUCGUAUGCAGUCGGGGCGGCCUUUAUCGAGGCCGAAGACUCUCUCUGUCGUCCCGAGGCGUUAACAUAACGAGCCUCACACUUUCUGUUCAGUGCUUCACAAACCUUGCAGUUCUUGCAUUUCCACACAAAGUUCGCCUCCCCUCUGCUUCCGCUCAUCUCGUUGGUCUCAAAGCGGUUGACCCCGACCCAGUUGGCAAGAACCUCUCGGCAUGACGUGCACUGGACCUUGAAGGUGUACCAGAACGGGUUCUCUUCAGUGUCGCUGGGACGAAGGAAGCCGGUCGAGUUGGAGAUGCAGACUAAAUCUUGGCCGAAGCAGUCAAACAAUCUGCUGUUCUGGGCAAACUCGACCACGCAGCCCCGCCUUCAAAGCUGAUGUCUUUCAGCGACGACGUAGGAGGUACCCAUUCAAGCUGUUUGGGGUAGGUGGGGCUGGCUUGAGAAACUCUUAUCGAUUUGACCCACACUCGCUUCGCGCACCAAUCACAGACUCCCGUCACGUCCCCGCAGCCGGAGCUUCAAGUCAAAGUCAGGCAAUUGGAGAUUUUGCGCUCGCAGAAGGCGUCAGACCAUACUCCUGGGCUACACAUGCCCUCGCCCCUCGCGAACCGACCUGGAACCCGAAUCGAAAUGUCGCGAGCAUGCAGUUGCUUUGGUCCCGGGCUGCUCAGGCAUACGGCGCCAGCCAUUGCCGAGCAUGCCUCGCGGCUGCUACUCUUCCCAUAACCCCCCUCCACAUCGCCAACACGCCCUCUUUCGACCCGAGGAGGAGGUUAGGCGCCCACUGCGCUGGCCCUGCGGCAGCUCUCACGCAUACGCACUCUCGAGAUGGUUAUGCCGCGCUUUCGAUCGACAUGCUCGACCUUGUGUUCAGCGAUGCCCGCCCGAGUCUGCCCUGUCUCAAACCUGAACCCAACAUCCCGGCCGCCAAACUCAAGCCCUUUAUGCGAGCUGAGGACGACCGCGAGGGCUUAUGGGACGUGGAAUCGAGCCGUGAUGGCAUCGCAGAGGCCCUUUGGUCAAUAUGCUCGCCACAAUUCCAGCUCAAACACCAUCACAAUCGCAGAAGCGCCCGCCACCAAUACCUAUUGCAACUGUACCACCCACGCCAGAUAUACCCACCGAUAGAGGCCAUCGAGGCAACUAAACGGAUUGACACUGCGGAGCUGGAGGCUGCCGUCGCCGCAGAGGAGGCAGAGCGUUCCGGGGAAUACCGUCACCCUGUGAAUUUUCAGCAGGUCGCCGCGUCCACGGACAGCAUCUUGGCCUUAAGCGACGAUCUCAUGAUGGCCACCUUCACAAAUGCCUACCGAGGGGACUUGGACGGCUUCUACCACGCCACUGGGAAUCUAGACGGCGCAUGGCACGGAAUCAAGAUGCUUAGAUCAGACGGCCACCCCAAAUACAAAAACGACGUUGACCCUGACGGCGAGGCAGCAAUUCGAGAUCUUAGGCACUCAAACCAGGUUAUGAGAGUCAUAUUCGACAAAUGGCAGGUGGCACAGGAAGCAGAGGCCGGCAUAUUAAAGAACGGAUGUCUACCAAACGGCGAGCGUCCCAAAUCGCCAUUGAGCACGCUCAUGGUCGGGAGGAUCUGUUUUAACCUGCACGCUCAGUCCACCCGGCCCGACAUACAUACCUUCAACACCCUGAUAGCGGGCCUCAUCAAGGUGGGCGAGGGCUGGCUGGCCUGCAUCGUGGUCUCUCACUUGCUUCGCAACACUCUCCUGCGCCCCACGCCUCAAACAAUAAUAUGUAUACUUCGCGCCUACCAGGCACGGGGCGACAUCGCCGGGUUCUACCAUGUGAUCCGCCGGCUGAUUGGCAACCACAGUUCUGGGAUCAAACUACGGCGCGCAGUGGCGGACGAAGCAGAGCUGUUCGGACGCACCUACCGGCACUGGCUACGCACCGCCGACAUCACCAUGUACACAGACUAUCUGAUUCAGCGGGCGUCGUUGACAUCGGAAGUGGUCGAGGCUCUGAUCCGCGGCCUGGUCGCUUUCGAGCAAGGCCAGCACGCCGCUCAGAUCCUCGCGCUGGCCCUCCGCAUCGGCUUCCCUGUCACCACACAGACAUUCCUCGACCUGCUGACUCUGGUUGUCGGCGCUCUGGACCAUGGCGCCGCGAGCGUGCUAGUCCGUGGGCUCUGCGCCAACGUCGACGACUUGACGUCAAUGCUGCUGGAAGACGAAUGCCCCAGGGAGAUUCCUCCAAGGCUGAGACGCGUGCUCGAUCUCUACGCUUCUCGGCUCCUGCAUAAGAGAUGGGGAAGCGGUGACGCCGAGAACGGGGCUGCCGACCGCGGCCGACGGCUUGCCGCUCUGCUCACUGACACUUUUCCAUCGAGUAAGAGUCUCGACGAGGCCGACAAGCUUCUUCCUGGAUCGGGGCCUCUGUUGAAGGCGCUCUGGAUCAAGGAGAUCAACGACCAAGCUGAAAAAACAGCGAACCUGAUACAUGUCCUUGGCAGGCAAAUCACAUCAAUAGAGCCUGAAAACACUAGUACCGCCACCAGCUCACUGCAAACUAUCCGAAGGCAUGCCAAGAGGGAGGCAAAGUCGACGGCAAACACGGCGGCGCUGCGGGCGAGGUGGUGGGAUAUGGCGGCAUUCCACAUCGUUCGCGAGCGAUUCGAGGACCUGCAGCUCAGGACCAAGCGCUGCGAGCAAGAGUUCGCCAAGGCCAUCUCGGCGGCCGGAUUCGUGCCGGCAUCGCUGGGCGUCUACACGCCCGACCUGCCCGAGGCGGCUCAUGAGCGAUGGCAGCUCUAUCUCGGACUCGCCGGGGAGGAGGCGCUUGUGGCACUGGCGAUGGAGGUGGAUGCGGCGACCGAGGAGAGCGCCAGGCUCGUCGGCAGCUUCAAGAAGUCGGUCAUGGAGAAGUACGUGCCGUUCCGGAGGCGCUGGCAUCUGUACCGGCAAUACGGCUCCCUAAAGGACGUGCCGCUAGGCCUAGCGCUAAAGGCGCACUCCACGGGCACCAUGCGGGCUAAGCGCGCGCCGAGGGCGCCGAAGAAGCCGCAAGAACCACCCGCACCUCAAGAAAGCGACCGUGGCUGGACAUAUAAAGACGGCAUUUUUUCUCAGCUGAGAGCCGUGACGAAGAGGGCAGUAGGCAGUGUAUUUCCAUUGGUGGAUACCCGGCGUCCAUAGGAUCGGCACAUGUUUGAAUCUAAACCUGCAUAGAGGUGUUGGGAUGGCAUAUUCUUUGUUUGUUGUGAUAGAGGGCGGUCGUCUCCAAAUAGAUACCCUAAAAAGUGCCGUUGGGACGGUUUCACUGCAG